AAAAAUCUAAAUUUAGCAAAGUCAAAAAUGGACGUAAUGCAAUUUACCGCCAAAAUGGACCGUCUUUUGGAUUUUAUGAUCUCAGUUUAUCUCAAAAAGAUAAAGAAGGACGAACAUGGAUGUGUUGCAAGGGUGAUUAUGAGAGAUCUCAGAAAAUUGAUAAUUAUAUAAAUCUUAGUCCACCACCACA